CCACUACUCCUUAAUGUACUAGAUUUGUAUAUAUACAAACACAUAUAAGUAUAAGAAAUCAACUCAUACUCAAAUUUCGUAUUUGAAAUGAGGCAUCAAAAGCGUUCGGUGUGUGUUUUUGUUCUUUUACUAGCCCAGUUGGUGAUCAGCGAUAAAGCUGAUGAUUGCAAAACAGAUGUCUGCAACCUUCCAGAAUGCCGUUGUUCAAGUGCAACAUCACCUUUUGGCUCUGAUAUCGACAAUUACCCUCAACUGAUCGGCUUAGCUUUUGACGAAGCCGUAACUGAUGAACUUUAUACAAAUAGAUGGGCUCCACUACUUUUAGAUGCAGAUCGAGUUAAUCCGGAUGGAGCUGGAAUAAGUGCCACUUUCUUUGUUCCUCAUGAAUAUACAGACUAUAGAAGAGUAAACGAUCUUUACAAUUUUGGAAUGGAAAUUGCUGUACACUCCAUAACCAAAAAUAGUGAACAAUCUUAUUGGAGAACAGCAUCUGAAGACGUUUUAGUUGCCGAAUUUCAAGGCCAGAAGCAAAUUAUUACAAAAUACGCUAACAUACCUUCAGAAGCCAUAGUUGGUGCGAGAACACCGCAACUUCAACUUGCUGGUGAUAAUUCAAUUAAAGCCUAUGUUACUGCUGAACUUAGUUACGAUAGUUCAUGGCCUUCUCUACCAUCUUCAAGGUUCUUCCCGUACACAUUAGAUUAUGCAUCCACACAAGCUUGCCUUUUAGGAGCUGAAUGUCCCACUGGCUCGUUCCCAGGAUUCUGGAUUUUACCUAUUAAUGAUUUGCAAUCAUCAGAUGGUACAGGGUGUAAUAAUUUAGCUUCCUGUGACAUCAGUGGAAGUGCUGAUGAUAUCGCUAAUUGGUUGACCGACCAGAUAGAGCAAGUGAGAACUACUACGAAGACCCCAAUGACAUUGUCUAUUGAUUCAUAUUGGUUCAAUUUUACUUCUAAUAGUUUUGAAGGUUUGACCAAAUUCAUGAGCAACAUGAAGGAUAAAUCCGACGUCUUUUUCGUCAGUCAGAAACAAAUUUUAGAUUUCAUAAAAAAUCCAGUACCAAUAUCAGAAUUUAACAGUGACAACACUCCUUCCGAUCCAGCAAACUGCCACGAACAAAAAUGUCAAUUGAAGAAAGGUAACGAAGAUAGAAAUAUGAUAUCUUGUGUGCAAUGCCCAGCUGUUUACCCAUGGCUCAAUGAUCCUGAUGGUAAUGGUAGUUGAUUUAACGGAAAACUACAAAUUUAUGAAUGAUAUUCUUAUAUGUAUUAUCUUAUGAAAUAAAUAAAUAUAAGAUGUUUCCAUCUUA